AUGGGUAAGGGAAUUAUGAAAGCAUUUGGUGCCACUGGAAAGAAAAUGAAGAUAGAUGUGGAUCCACUAAUAGGACGGCCAAAAAGUCGAGAGCAAUCUGCAAAGCUCUCAAGUCAAAUUGGUGUUGUAGCUCGUGAUGUGCUUCCAGUGCCAAAAAAAUGGAAAGAAAUGGUUGACGACAAAUUUUUGGAAUCCGGCAUCGAUCAUAUCAAGAUUCACAUGGAUGUGAACUUGGAUGUGCCGGGUGUGAGGCAUUGCUUGGUGGAUAGGAUAAAAUCAACUUCUCGACAAAUGCGUUACAAGAUGCAUAAGCAUUUCAAGAAGUAUGCAACCCUACAAGAGGCUAAGGAUAAUAAACCACCAUUUUGUGCCAGUAAAGAAAAUUGGGAGGAACUCUGUGAUUAUUUUGCAUCAGCUAAGUUUAAGGCCGAGAAAGAUGUUAAUGGAGAUGAUAAUGAAGCUGCUAAUGGAGAUGCUGGAGACGUAAUUGAGUUCUACAAACUCACACAUUGCACGGACAAACAUGGUUGGUCAACUGAGGAGGCAAAAGAAAAUUGGGUUUGGGUGAGGUAUUCCAUUGACGAUAAGAGAAUAAAAUCUAGGAUGGGGGCCUAUAGAAGAUUAGCUGCAAGUAAGUGGGUUAUAUCUAGAGACUCCAUAGGGGGUUCAGUGGAGGCAGCGGCGAAUCCAUAA